AUGUCAAGUCUCGAGGCAAAUGCUAUAGCCGAAGGCCAUUUCUUGGGUGCUGAAGUGUGUGGAGGAUAUCACGAUUGCGAUGAUGUCUUUGACGAGGCGUUUCUUCACACCGUGGUGUUCAACGGUAACGAGAUAGGAGAAGUGGAAUACGCUGAUGAGGCUCGAGAGUAUCUUCGCCAAUUGGGUAACGAGGAGACACUAUUUGUCUCGUCGCCGGAGUUGCUUCCGGGCCCUUACGCCCUGGUGGGAGGGGAGCUGAGAGAUGUCUGGAAGCUGGUUGACGAUACGAACGGGACAUGCAUGACGACGUUGGAGUCGCAGUCGGACCCUUCCAAGGCCGCGCAGUCUUUCCAAUUAAGGAGCACUAACAAUCAAUUCCUCAGCUUCGCACUCCGGUCGCGUAUCCAAUCGAAAGCACUUUUCACUUCUCCUCUCGCAGGCUUGCGUAUCAUUAUCAAAGACAAUAUCCAUCUCAAAGGAGUCAAGACUUCUCUAGGUAAUCGAGCAUUUUACGACACACACCAUAGAAUCCUCGUGCUGAUCAAUAUUAAUCGCCUGGAGAGUAGCAGCUCCGGAAGUGCAUCGGCUAUUACAGCAUAUGAAUGUCUCGAUAUUGCUAUUGGCACCGACACUUGGGGAAGUGUAACAAGACCUGCACUCUGGUGUGGGUGCUUUGGCCUUCGUCCUAGUCUAGGAAGUGUUUCAGUGCAAGGCGUGGAGCCUUACGUCCAGUCGUGGGAUAUCCCAGGUAUCCUGGCACGAGAUUUGCAGCAAUGUAAGGACUUUGCAAAUGGAUGGUUAAUCAAGGACGUAUUAGAGACCAAUCCCAAGCCAUUUUCUUCCAUCAUAUGGCCUACGGACUUUUGGAGUAUUGUCGAGCCUGAGCAGGUCGAAAUAGCUCGAGACUUCAUGAAAACUGCCGAGUCGACACUGGGGGUACAGUGUGAGCCAGUUUCAUUCGAGGGACUUUGGGAAAAGUCGCCUCCAGCUCAAUCCAAGGGACUUUCGUUACUCGAAUUCAUCCAUCCAGUAAGGAGGUCCAAAUUGAAGCGGUAUUCACUGACUGAAUAUCGAUUAGGCAACGGCUUCCGUGAGAAGUACCUAAAGCAGUUUAAUCGAGCACCGUAUUCAACUCCGCCGAACCAAAGGCUAUGGUCUUUCGGGAAAGUCUUGUCUGGAAAACACGCGAAUGCACUUGUUAUUCUCCCAAUUGAAUCUAUGACCCCACGAUAUCGAGAUCAGCCUCCUGCAUUCAAACGACCGCCCCAAGACGGCAUCAAUACACUUGCCCUUGCGCCGGUCCUCAAGUCCCCUGUUUUGGCUGUUCCAAUCGCCCAGAUUCCCUAUCAUUCAAAAGUUACGGGAUGUGAAGAGAUGCUUCCGUUCGCAGUUGCACUCAUGAGCCCUCCGGAACACUUGCCCGAUGAAAAGGGAAUAUUGGAAGUGAAGAUUAUUCGUGCUCAGAGCUCCUGUUUGACUUUGCACGGAUAUCCUCAUCUUGCCCAAGCUCGGUCGCUCAACGUGUCCAACAAGUCAACAGUCAAAAGUCUACCACAAUCGAAAGAACAAUGUUUUACUUGGGGCGAACGCCACUCUAUGACUCCGAGAAACCCUACAGUAUGCGCUACCAACCGGACGAGGGAAUCCAAGUUCAAUGAGUGCGGGUUUCAAAUUAUCCAACUCAACUCUCAACUGUCGUAUGACGAAUUUUGGGAUAAUGCCAAGGUGAAGCAGAUAUAUAUCGAAGAGGUCAAAGAGGCGUUGAAGAAAGAGCUGGGAGCAAAGUAUGUCCACGUCUUGGACUACGCGGUCAGAGAGCGCGAUGAAUCAUUUCCUGUCUCUACGGGAGAGGAAUACAAAUACGAUCAGCCAACUUCUUUAGCACACAUCGAAGGAGAACGGAUCAUCAAAGUAUUGUUUGGAGAACGCGCCGAGGAAGUCCUGAAAGGUCCUUUGAAUGACUGGCCGCUCGGGCUAUGCGACGCGCGCUCCGUGGAUUUUCAAAACGAUACUAUGCCUGGUGACAUCGUGUUCGAUGAUUUCUACACUGAGAACCUGCAAGUUCUCUACAAUCCCAGUUACAAAUGGUAUUACCUACCGGAUCAGAAUACCUGGGAAGCAUCAAUCUUCAAAAGUGCGGAUAGUUGGGAGGGUGAAGCGGCAGCUUGCAUACACUCUGGGUUUUACAAUCCUAAUGCAAAGGAUGUUGGAGAUAUUUCCCAGGCACGCGCGCAUAUGUUGUAG